AUGAACGACAACAAGGAAGCUCACCGGCUGUGGGCAGCGUGCCAGAAUGCUGCAGGCAUUUCUUCUAUGGAUCGCAACACUGAAGUCUCUUCUGAAAGAGGGAGGAAGCCUGGUCUCCCUGAGUACUUGGUUUCUAUUGAGUGUGUCUCACUUACCGUGUUACUCUGCCUCACACUGUGCCAUGCUCUUCCUAGCGGCGGCCGCCAGGAUGAUGUAGACUUCCUACCCAGCCUCUCACGUCACGUCUUAUCACGAUCAUCAAGCUUGCACCCCACUCCCCAGACCAAAGACUCUCCCUACUUCGUCUCCGUGGGGAGGCUGGAGUCGGCCAACCACCCCACCUCCUUCUCUCUCCCAACUCACGAUAAUCCCUCCAUACACCCUACUAAUCAACAAAUUGGCUCCUCUUUCGCCGGUUUAGACUCCUCUCUUCCCUCAUCUCCUUCCAUCAGCUCCUAUGAAGAGUAUCACUCCCCCAACAUCAGGGUCACUCAUCCAUCUCAGGGUCACACAGUGUCACCAUUAGUCCCUAACCUCAGUCGUGAUAGCAUCGCAUCUUCCGCAGACAACAAUCUUAGCCAUGGAGGAACAAUAACUUCUCAAGGCUUCCCUUCAUAUAGUCCCACAGUUCCCACCAGAGCUAACGAUUCUUUCUUCACCAGCCAUGUUUCAGCUUUGAAUCCUCAAGUCUCUCGUGAUUUGUUUCCUCCCUCCAGUGCUUCUUCUCCUUCUCCUCCCCUUAGUUAUAAAACUCCGGAGACCUUCCAAACGCAUCAAAGGUCCCUCGCGUCCGCUCCUUCGGUAUACUUCAAGGUGGAUGACUCUUCCACUUUCUCUGAUGCUGUGCCCUUCAGGUCUCCAUCCUCCGUGUCUCAGGUGCAGCAGGUGACACCACAGGUUUUUGCUGCCUCCGUCCCACACCUGGCAGGUGGUCAUCCUCUCACAGCCUCACACAAGAUAUCUGCUGAGCACGACGUGAGUCCCGAGUACUCCUUCAGCUACGACGUGGUCAGCCCUGCUGUCCUCUCCUCAUACGGAGAGAACAAGGAAGAGGAGAACAUCUUCUUCGGUCACGCAGAACAAAGGAAGGGGUACAGGACGGAAGGGCAGUACUAUUCAAACCUUCCAGACGGAAGAACCCAGCUCGUCAAGUACUACGCUGACGAGACCGGCUACCAUCCUACCAUAACUUACGUCUAGAGUGCCUGACAUUGCCAUACUGCUGUAUUGUACAUGUAAAGGAAGUGGCUACCAUACUGCCAUAUUCCACUUCUAAAGGAAGUGCCUGUCGUACUAGCGUCUUCUAGGUCUGGGAGAAUUGGCUACCAUGCUGCCUACUACACACUAUGUCCAGAGGAAGUGCUUACCAUACUACUUUUGUCUAGAGGAAGUGUCUACUAUACUGCCUAUGUCUAGAGGAAAGUGUCUACCAUAGUACCUACUACAACCUGCAUUUAAAGGAAUUGGCUCCCAUACUACAUACUACAACCUACAUCUAAAUGAAGUAGCUGCCAUAGCUACUACCUUCUACAACCUACAUCUAAAUGAAGUAGCUGCCAUAGCUACUACCUUCUACAACCUACAUCUAAAUGAAGUAGCUGCCACAAAACAUAUAAAGUACGACUAGUUACCAGAUAUGUUUUGCUACGUAUAAUGGCGGUUACUUCAAGAGCAGAGGCUUCCAAAAUUUUUUCAGUAGAGGGCCACAUGACCAGAAAUUCAUACAUAUGAGAGCUGCAUAAAUAUUUUAUUGCUCAUGAAAUCGUAAUAACACGACUACAAACAAGCUAUGGAACAGGUGGGGGUCAAACCCAUGACGAGUGAAUUUUAUGACUCUACCAGUUCAGUGGUUUGUUUAUUGCUAACAGUGCUGAAGCGUAGCUUGUAAGAUAUUUAAAAAUAAGAAUUUUUAGUGAUAAUAAAAAUUAAAAAAUCUUUUCAUGGACUUUAUUAGCACAAAAGUGGACAAUUAUAACCAAAUGGAAAAAAAAUUAUAACAGACUAAAUAAUUCUUGAGACCUGUGGGUGUAUUCACUUAGGCUUGGGCAUCGGUCUAUUGUUGGCCUCCUUCCGUCCUUCUCAGCACUCCAUGUCCAGUUGAUGACACUGUGACCAUCCGGGCCUGAUCGUGAGAUCAUGCCGUAGGUGAUGCCAUCCCAGUCUUCGGACGUCUUGAUGGCUAUUGAAAUCCACAUCUGUGACGUCCUCUUCCUCGCAGGCCACUUGAACGACCACGACUCUUCCUGAUUGCUAGCGCACUCAGCUCACACACUGAGGUCCGGGGGUUGAUCCCCGUUUUGGGUGGAAACAUUGGUAUGCAUUUCCUUAAGGCUCCUGCUGUCCAUGUUCAUCAAUCAAUAAAAUAUGCG